GAUGAAAUAAGGAUGGGUACGUUCGUGACCCUGGCAGAAGUGUUGGAGGCCCGGGGUUCACCGCUGGAUGAGGAUGAAGUCUGGUGUCUGCUACUCGCCGCCACUGAGGCCUUACUGGACAUCUCCAAAAAAGGUUCAGGCAGUAUGUGCAGUGUGCUAAGCCCCGGCUCGGUGCUCCUGUCAGCCAAUGGGAGUCUGGCCUUCAAAAGCUGUGCUCGAAAUGAAGACGUGGCCUCCUUCACGGCUCCUGAGGUCCAGCAGACUCACGCCGCCUCCACCAGGACUCCACCUGAAAAGAUGGUUGUGUACUCACUGGGGAUGACUCUUUACUGGUGUGUUGAUUAUCAUCUACCUCAAAAUCAGCCGGUCCGGCUGAGUGCGGAGCUUGAAGGUUUGCUGCUUAGUAUGUGUGAGGACAUGGUGGUGAGAAGGACCGACCUCCUGACGGUGCUGGAGACCUGUGAGCUUCACCACAAGGCCGCAAUGCUGCCUCCUGCCGAACGCCUCGUAAGACAGCUGGUUGAAGAUGUCUACAGAAACUCAGUUGAUCAUGUGUCCAUGGCUGAAAAUGGAUCCCAGCUAACAGACCGCAGUCAAAUGGUCAGGGACAGAUUACACAGGGGCUCUUUUAGUAACUCUCCAUGGGCAACGAAGAAGAAGAUUUCUGGAACAUUCUCAGGAACAUCUUAUCCAUCUGAGCCCUCAGGGAUUCCCUCGGGAGGUCGACACAGAGAGAGUUACGGCAGCUGGCAGCAGCUGAGCCGCAGCCCCUGCAGUCCCUACGUGGAUGGUAAUCGAAAUGCCAACUCCAGAGCCCUCCCACAGUUUGACUCCUCUAUGAGUCUGAAUGACAAGAAGGUCAAGGACAUGGGCCCUGAGUUUAUUAGAGUACUAGAUGAGCCGCUGGUUGUCUUGGAGCUGCCUGGAUCCAUUGUGUCAAAGAAAGGCAAAUCUCCAACCACCCAGAGAGAGCUGAGCGUGGUGAUGCCAAACGGUCAGAGCAUCCUCGUGAAGUGUGAGGUGAAAUCCAGAGGAGGAGACGUCUUUGACAUGAUCGUAGCUCACUCCAACCUGAUGGAACAUUUCUACUUUGGCCUUGCUUACAUUGAUGAUAACGAGUUUUUCUUUGUGGACAACGACACCAAGAUUUCCAAAGUUGCUCCAGAUACCUGGAAGAAAGUGCCUACAGCCACCUUUGUUCUUUUCUUCAGAAUCAAAUUCUUUGUCAAUGACGUUUCUCUUCUUUUGCACAAACAGACGCGCCACCAGUAUUACCUCCAGCUCAGGAGAGACCUUUUGGAGGACAGGGUGUCCUGCCAUGAGGAGACUGCUCUGUACCUCGGAGCUCUGGCCCUGCAGACGGAGUAUGGAGACUGCAUGCCUGAGGUGUAUGGUAGAAACUACUUCCGCCCUGACCAGUAUGUCUCCAAGAGUGUGAUGGAGAGACGUGCCUUGCCUUACAUUCAGGGGGAGCUGCUGCGACUUCACACCAACAACGCUCAGAUGCUCACCGACGAAUCGGAGCUCGAGUUCCUCAAGGUGUGUCAGCAGUUGCCUGAAUACGGUGUGUUGUUCCACCGUGUGACGCGUGAGAAAAAGCCUUUAGAAGGAGAGAUUAUCCUCGGGGUUUGUGCCAAAGGAAUCAUUGUCUAUGAGGUUAAAGACAGCUGCAGAUCCACCAGUCAGAGUUUCUACUGGAGGGAGACAGCAACCAUCUCCUCUAACAGGCGAAAAUUUGUAGUAGAGAGCCGUGGCAGCAACAAGAAGUACACCUUCAUCACAGAAAGGUCGAAGAUAGCCAAAUACCUGUGUAACCUGUGUUCAGCCCAGCACAAGUUCAACAACGAGAUGAACUCUCGUCAGCUCAGCCACAACUUCGUCUCAGAGACGAACAUUGUGCAGUAUGCCGCGGUGUGUCGUGCUCAGAGCAGCCGGCUCAAGUCCUUCUCGUGCUCGGAGACACCGCAGGACGAAAGUGGUCUGACCACGCCUCAGGAUGAGUCCCUUAGCAAACUGUGUGACGACGUCGCAGCCAGGAUCGAAGCCCGCAUGAAACAGCAGCGCCAGAGCCUCAAUGAGCAGAGUACCUGUUCCAGCAGUCAGCGCAGCAGCACUGGUUUGCGUUCCCCUGCGUUCUCUCAGAGGAGCGGAUCUGAAGCACCCUCUUGUUCUCCAGCAGCUAGAGAAACCCCGACUAAAAUGGGGUCGUCGUCAGAGAGAGAAGUCAUAUGUGUUUCCUUAAAGAAAGACCCAAAGCUUGGCCUCGGUAUAGUGAUAGUGGGAGAGGACACUGUGGGCCGUUAUGACUUGGGCAUCUUUGUUGCCUCCAUUGUGCCUGGUGGACCAGCCGAUAAGGAUGGACGUAUCAGACCAGGUGGUCGUCUGAUCUCUCUGAACCACAUCAGCCUGGAGGGCAUCACCUUCAGCGAGGCAGCAGAGGUCAUGCAGAGCAGCCCCGAGGAGGUGCAGCUCAUUAUCUCACAGCCAAAAGUCUCCCACAGCCCCUGCAGCGUUCGCUCUCCUGUGUUGAGGAAUUACGAAUCCCAGACCACGCUGAUGGCAGACGGCCGAUCAGGAGACGACAGCCUGGAAGAAAUUGUUUCCGUCAUGAUGACGCCAAAGACCGGCAACAGGCUGCACGUCCCCUGUGAAGUCCGAGCCCCAGUUCCACAGGACGGCUGUUCUCUGUCUCCCUCUCUGAACUGUGUGAGGCCGGAGGAGAUCACUGUGGAGCUCAGGAAGAUAGCAGGAAGUCUGGGCAUCAGCAUCUCUGGUGGCGUCAACACUAACCUUCCUAAUGGAGGAAUCUACAUCAAGAGCCUCGUUCCAGGCGGGGCUGCUGAGAGAGACGGACGUAUACACACAGGUGACAGACUGUUAGAGGUAGAUGGGAUUAGCUUCCAGGGCUUCACCUACCAGCAGGCAGUGGAGUGUCUGAGUAAAACUGGAGAGGUUGUAACCUUUGUUGUGGAGAGGGAGUUGAUGAACCUGCCCAGGGUUUCUCUCAGUGUAGACACCAGCGGCAGUGUGUCUAAUCAGAGCCCCAGUCCAGCUACCAACCAGCUGAGACUCAACAGCUGCUCAUCCGUCAGCACCCCUCCAAACACGAUCACUGACCGGCCCAGGGAAUACAGCUUUGUCACUGAUGAAAAUACACAGGAGGUGACCCUGACCAAGAGUGCCAACGGCCUAGGCUUCAGCUUCCUAAUGUGCGAGCUGGAUCCUCCCACCCGGGACUUUGGCAGCCUGGUCCGAAUAAAGCAGCUUUUCCCCGGUCAACCGGCUCAGCAGAGCGGCAUGAUCCAGGAGGGAGAUGUCCUGUUGGCCAUCAACGGCCAGUCGCUCAAGGAGCUGUCCUAUCCAAAAGUGCUAAAGCUGUUCAAGACUUCGCCGCCUGAAGUUCGACUGACUCUCUAUCGGCCUGCUCCUGGGAUCCUUCCUUCCAUCGAUCAGUUCACUGGCACAUGA